AUGGUGUGGUGUUCCCAUUGCGGGAAGAACGUUUCCGGAUUACGCCCUUAUGAUGGUGCAUUGGCAUGUAAUUUAUGUGGGAGGAUAUUGGAGAAUUACAAUUAUUCUAAUGAUGUUCAAUUCGUUAAGAAUGCUGCUGGACAGAGCCAAGCGUCUGGGAACAUAGUAUCAAGUGUUCAGAGUGGGGUUUCAAGCUCACGUCAAAGAAGAUUUAGGAUAGCUAGAGAUGAGUUAAGCAAUUUGACAGUUGCCUUAAUUGGUGAUGAGAGAGACGAUUUGGUUGACUUUGCUGCUCAAUUCUUUGAAAUGGCAGCUGAGCAAAACUUCACCAAAGGGCGUAGAACUGAACUAGUACAGUGUUCCUGUCUCUACUUGACUUGCAGGGAAAAGAAACUUCCGUUUCUUCUUAUUGACUUUUCAAGCUACCUUCGAGUUAGCGUUUAUGAGUUAGGAUCCGUGUACUUGCAACUCUGUGAACUGCUCUACAUUGUGAAAGACAAGAACUACGAAGAGCUUGUUGAUCCUUCAAUUUUCAUUCCUCGCUUCUCAUACAUCUUGUUGAAAGGUGGUACAGAGGAGAAAGCUGUCGUGAAGACGGCUAGAGACAUUAUAGCUAGUAUGAAGAGAGAUUGGAUGCAGACCGGUCGGAAACCAAGUGGAAUAUGUGGAGCAGCACUUUACGUGGCUGCUCUCUGUCAUGGUGUCAAGUGCUCUAAGUCAGAUAUUGUUAAAAUUGUGCAUAUAUGUGAAGCAACUCUAACCAAAAGGUUGAUUGAGUUUGAACAUACCGAGGCUGCAAGUUUAACUGUUGAUGAGCUCGGUGAAAGAGAAAGGGUAUUGGAGAAAAGCUCUUCUACCCCGCCACCAAACUCUAACAAAGGAACAGGAUUGCUCUGCAAGCAUAAGGGUCAAGACCCUUCUGCUUAUGGGUUAUGUAAGAGCUGUUACGAGGAUUUCGUAACUGUUUCUGGUGGACUUGUUGGUGGGUCGGAUCCUCCUGCUUUCCAGCGAGCAGAGAAAGAGAGAAUGGAGAAAGAAGCAGCUGCCAGAGAUGAAAACGAGGGAGAGUUUGGGAGCUUAAACCAAGUAAAUGUAGGAGAAAAACCAUUCUCGGAGAAAGGUCAAGGAGAAAAAUAUUGGGAUGAUGGUGAAGCUUCGGACGAAUCAGGCAACCUUUCUGACGUGGAUGAUUCUGAGGUGGAUGACAUUUUUCUCACCGAGGAAGAAAAGCUCUUGAAGACGACCGUCUUUGAUUUAGAAAACAAAGACUAUUUUGAGAAGCAAGCAGCUAAGGCUUUCAUGGCGUCAAACGCAAGCAAUGCUGAUUCCCCAGACUAUGCAAGGAAGCUUGUCGAAGCUGUGAAAAAAGCUAGAAAGGAAAAGCAACAGAAACGUGCUGAGGAAGCAAAGAACGCCCCUCCCCCAGCCACAGCCGUGGAAGCUGUUGGCAGAAUGCUUGAGAAAAAGAGAAUUAGUGGGCAAAUCAACUACGAUAUUUUGGAGGAGCUAUUUGAUACAUCACCAUCACCCAAGAGAUCGAAAAUCAACACAGACAUGGAAGAGGCAGACAUGGAAGGGGAAGAAGGAAGUGAACAUGAAGACACUGACGAAUGA